GUAGAUAUGUCAGAAGGAAAUAAGACUCUGGUGACGGACUUUGUUCUCACAGGACUUACAGAGAGACCAUGGCUGCAAGUCCUCCUCUUCCUCGUGUUCUUAGUCAUCUACCUCACCACCAUGGUGGGCAACCUUGGACUGAUGGCUCUUAUUUGGAAGGAUGCCCAUCUUCACACGCCCAUGUACUUGUUCCUCGGUGGUUUAGCUUUUGCAGAUGCUUGCACUUCAACUUCUGUAACUCCCAGGAUGCUGGUCAAUUUCUUAGACAAGUCUGUAAUGAUAUCCCUAGCUGAGUGCAUCACCCAAUUUUAUUUUUUUGCUUCCAGUGCAACUACAGAAUGUUUCCUCCUGGUAGUGAUGGCCUAUGACCGCUAUGUAGCCAUAUGCAAUCCCUUGCUUUAUCCAGUGGUGAUGUCCAAAAGACUCUGCACUGAGUUGAUAGGUAUUUCAUAUGUAAUUGGUUUUCUGCAUCCUCUGAUUCAUGUGAGUUUGUUAUUAAGAUUAACUUUCUGCAGGUCUAACAUAAUACAUUAUUUCUACUGUGAAAUUUUACAACUGUUCAAAAUUUCAUGCAAUGACCCAUCUAUUAAUGCACUAAUGAUAUUUAUUUGUGCAGCUUUUAUACAAAUAUCCACUUUAAUGACCAUCAUAAUGUCUUAUACUCGUGUGCUCUUUGACAUCCUGAAAAAAAAGUCUGAAAAGGGCAAAAGUAAAGCCUUCUCCACAUGCAGUGCCCACCUGGUCUCUGUCUCGCUGUACUAUGGCACUCUCAUCUUCAUGUAUGUGCGUCCUGCAUCUGGCCUAGCUGAAGAUCAGGACAAAAUGUAUUCUCUAUUUUACACAAUUAUAAUUCCCCUACUAAAUCCGUUUAUUUACAGUUUGAGAAAUAAAGAGGUUAUAGGUGCCUUGAGAAGAGUUGCAAAGAAGUAA